AUGUGCAUCUGUGCCAGUGUCCGGUGCCGGUUUUCGCUGUAAAGUUCGGGUCCAAGUCGCGGCAUCGGUCAGACGUUGGUCGUUGUAUCGUCCUUCACAAGUCAACUUAAACACUUGAUAACUUCCAUUCCCCUCAAAACCAUAACACUGAAUUUCGAAGCGCCGAACCCGCGUCACCCUCGAUCCCUCUAGGGCUCAAGAUUGAGAAGCUGAAAAUGGCGGAAGAAGGAGCAGGUCUCUCGAAACUGGUUGCAGUUAUGGCCUGUACGGCGUUGGCAUUCUUUUAUGUCGCAAUUCUCUACGCUCCGACAGUAAUCCUCCGGCUCCCUCCUCCUAUGUCUUACAAGGAGUUCAUGCUACGACGGUUCAUAGGCGCCGUCAUUUCUUCAAUCGUUUCUGUUGUGGCUUGCGGUCUCAUUCUCCCGAUAAGAAGCAAAGAGGCAGCUGUUUUGUUUGGUGUUUAUGGUAUUCGAAUGGACCAUAUCUGGGAAGCUGUGGUCUUUCCUCUCUCCUUGACUUCAUUAAUGUAUGCCGGAUCUUUGAUGCUGAAGUUUAUGUUGUUGCUAAAUUCAAUGAAAGAGCAUACAGCACAGGAAGGAGGAAUUUCAGUAGAUUGUAUCAAAAAUGCCAUGCGAAACUUCAUUGACUGGAUAGAUUUCAUUGCUCACAAUAUUUUGGCUUGGCGUAAUUAUGUUGUGGCGCCGCUAACGGAGGAGCUAGUGUUUAGAGCGUGUAUGAUACCUUUACUUCUCUGUGGAGGUUUCAGAAUCUCCAGUGUCAUUUUUCUCUGUCCUACUUUCUUCAGCUUGGCGCAUUUAAACCAUUGGAUGGAGAUUUAUAGUCGAGAAAAUUACAGCUUCUUCAAAGCCUCCAUGGUUGCUGGGCUCCAGCUUGCCUAUACGGUGGUCUUCGGUUCAUAUGCUUCCUUUCUCUUCAUUCGUACAGGACAUAUUGUUGCUCCCUUAGUUGCUCAUAUAUUUUGCAAUUUUAUGGGAUUGCCUGUACUGUUUGCACAGAAGAAAGGGAUGGUGAGUGUGGCAUUUGUGGCUGGACUGGGAUAUUGCUCCUGGAGUUGAAUUUUAUGAAUAUCUGGGAGUAAUAGGCUUGUUCACUUUGCGAAGUACUAAUGGAAUUGAAUACGAAAUCAUUGUAUAAUUAAUUUGCUUUCAGAUACAAGCAUUUGAUGUAGAGUUUAUGAUCACUGAGGAAUCAAAUUCAAAAUUGCAUAUAUUUUUAUCAGUAAA